UGCCCCGGGGGUGGGUGCGGGCGGGCGAGGGGAGGCCUCUCGGCGGCUGCCAUUCCAUUCCAUUGUCGAAGGGGGCUCGACGCCCGCGUGUGCUGGAGCUGACCCCGGCAGGAGGAGCCCCUAGGCGGGGUACCCCCGGGCACAGAGGGGAGGGAGGCAGCGGCGCCUCAAUCCGACCCGACCCGACCCGACCAGAGCGCUGCCGCGGAGGAGCUUUCGCCGCCAACAGGAAGCUGAGAAUCCUGUGCAGCGACCAACACAUCCUCAUCACCCAGACCAGCCUGCAAACAAAGAGCAGAGUGCCACAUUGCCCUUGAACCAGCCUGCACUGGGUGCUGCAAGUAAAUCCAACGCUGGGUGAGACCACAUCUACUGAGCCAGAAGCAUGGACUUUGUCAUGAAGCAGGCCCUGGGAGGGGCCACUAAGGACAUGGGGAAGAUGCUGGGCGGUGAGGAGGAGAAGGACCCUGAUGCGCAGAAGAAGGAGGAGGAGCGGCAGGAGGCUUUGCGGCAGCAGGAAGAGGAGCGCAAGGCCAAGCAUGCACGUAUGGAGGCUGAGCGUGAGAAGGUCAGGCAGCAAAUCCGUGACAAGUAUGGGCUGAAGAAGAAGGAGGAGAAAGAAGCUGAGGAGAAGGCAGCCCUGGAGCAGCCUUGUGAGGGAAGCCUGACCCGGCCCAAAAAGGCCAUCCCGGCAGGCUGCGGGGACGAAGAGGAGGAGGAGGACGAGAGCAUCCUGGACACGGUGCUCAAGUACCUGCCAGGCCCACUGCAGGACAUGUUCAAGAAGUAACAUCCCUAGGCCCAGCCCUGCACCCUUAUUAUUUGGGGGGAGGGGGGUCCCUUUUCUUUCUUUCUUCAGUUCUGUCUCAAUUCUGAAGGGGGGAAACAUCAGUGGCCUCUGUCUGCCCCACCCCUACCCAGGGGCUCCUCCCCCUCUGCACCCCCGUGCCCUCUCCCUUCAUGCCAGGGUCCCCCACCUCUUUCCCAGGUAUGCCGAAGAUUUCUUUUCCCCAGUCGGGGUGCUGGUAGUAUGGUGGGGAGUAUGUGAGGAGAAAGCCAGUGCUUUCAGCACUGCCUCCCCAACUCCAAGAUGCCUGAUGUCUAAGCUUCUGUGGUGACCCCAGACAUUCCUUCAUGCACCCCACUGCCAGGCGGGCCACUGUCCCCAGCCAGCCAAAGUAAUGACACAUUCCAGCCCCUUCCAGCAUGCUGAUCUUUGCCCUCUCCCCAGGUCAGGGUAGGGGUGCUGAGUGGGCUGGGUUCAAGAGAAUAGAAGCAGCCCCAGUGGAGGGGGUCCCCUGGGUUCUGGCCAGGCCUGAUCUGGGCAAGUGGCUGGGACUCUCCUUCCCUCCCCCUUGGCCACCCAGCCUAAUAGUACCCCCUGCCCUGGACCCAUAGAGGCAUAACCCCAUGCCAAGCCACUCCCUCCAAAUGGAUCCUCUUUGGACUUAACUCAUCUGGGGAAGGCGGGUGCGGGCACAGGGCAGGGCAGCCCCUUGCCCCCGCCACCCCACUCAGGCCCAGAGGCCCCACUGCCAGGCUAGGCCCACCUUGGCCAGCCAAGGGGCUUCCCAAGCCACCCCUCACCCUCAAAAAAACACUUGGAGCCAUUGGGCAGUGAUGGCUGAUGCCAUGUGAACCCCCUACUGGUGCAGCCAAACUGCCCCCAUUCCUCUCCACUUCACCUCCGUUCCUGCCCUCUCCAUGUGCUUCCAAAGCCCCUCCAUCCCAGGGGAACCCUUCCUGGUCACAACCCCAAGCCUUUGGGGGAGAAGCCAAUUCCCAGUGGACAGAGACCAUCUGUCCAUUCCUCUCAUGGCCAUGAACAAAGUCUCCUUGGGGAUGUGUGUGCAUGUAUGUGUGUUUGUGUGCGUGCACACAUCUGGGUGAUGGUUUCUGCUGAUCCCUGGGUUAUCAAGGCCUCCUGCUUAGGCAUUUGUGUGGGUUCUAGGAGAGCCCAGGAGAUGAGAGGAAAUAGUCUACCAGGGCACACAAGAGUACAUGUGGGUGAGAUGCGGGCAGCAAUUGUAGGGCCAUAUACAUGUAUGGUUGAGGUGGCGGGGGAGUAUCCUAAGAUUGUACAUGCGUGUUAGUCAUCAGCACACCUGCACUGAGGCAUUGUGUAGGAGCAUAAUCUUGUCCUGAUAUUGUACAUGUGUGCAAUCCUGCUUUGAGGUUUGAGUGUGUUACUCAUCAUCAUCCUGCCCUGAGAUUGAGCUAGUAAUGGCACCUGGGAUUGUGUAUAUGUGUGAAUGUGUGUUUGAAUAUAAUCCUGGCCUGAAACCGCAUGUUUGUGAGUUGUAUAAUCCUGUCUUGAGAUUUUUAUGUGUGUUAGUAGCCACACCUGGUGGUCUGCAACUGAGGGUGUGGGUCACCACAGUCCAGUGCUGAAGGAUGUAUAUGUUCGUAUGUGUAGGUUUGGCAGGCUUACAGGCUUGUCAAAGGGGGAGUGUACUUGCUGGAGUGGGUGUGUCUGAGUGGAGGUUGUGUCUGAGAUGUACCAUCUCUGUGCUGGACUCUGAUGUGUGUUCAGAACCACCUGCAGGUCAGGAGGGAAGGGGGUGAGUGAGACACUACAAGUGUAUGCU